UGUGUGUGUACGUUUCGGGUUAGGGUUGUGUUCAAAAGCGUCAAGACAGGGGUGAGGGAUUUUGCAGUCCGGGGGAGCUAGAGUGAACGAGAAAAAGCCAAAAGGACAGACGAACGGAUCUGGGUCAACUCCGUUUGACCGUAAAUUCAAAAGCUGGAGGGAUAUAGUUGUAAUUGCCGAGGGUUUUAGGUUUUUUUUUUUUUUUUUUUUUCCUUCUACAGCAAUAUAUAUAUUUAUUUGUUGGAACUUGGAAGCCAUUCGGCUGUGUCGUUGCUGUUUGUGGUUUCUUUCAAGCCUGUUGUUCCUUCUCUUCUUUCCUAGCCUCUUAGCUUUUGUCUCUCUGUUACUAUAUAAGGGCUUCACUCCUCUUUUCCCCUUUAUCUAUCUCUGUGGGAUACAAUAGAUAGAUAGAUAGAUAGAUAGAUAGAUAGAUAAAAUAUGAGAACCAGAGGAGGGGUUUGCUAUCCCAGAGUUGUUGAAGAUGAGAAGAUGAAGAGAGUGACCAAGAAGAGGAAGGUGUGUCUGGCUACCGGAAAAGGAAUGGUUUGCCGGAAAAGGACUAAGAUGAUUCCGGUUGGGCCAGAUAUGUUCGACGAUUUGCCGGACGACCUUGUGCUCUGUAUUCUCUCCAAGCUCAGCUCCACUGCCAACUGCCCUUCCGAUUUCAUCAACGUUCUGAUAACAUGCAAGAGAUUGAACGGAUUGGGCCUGCAAUCACAAGUACUGUCUAAAGCUUCCCCGAAAACGUUUCCGGUGAAGCCCCAUAACUGGUCCGAGUCGGCUCACCGAUUCCUCAAGAUGUUGGCCGACGCCGGCAACGUCGAGGCUUGCUAUACUCUCGGCAUGAUUCGCUUUUACUGCUUGCAAAGCCGAGGCAGCGGCGCGUCUCUGAUGGCAAAGGCCGCGAUUGGCGGUUACGCGCCGGCGCUCUACUCUCUGGCUGUGAUUCAGUUCAAUGGGAGCGGCGGCUCCAAGAACGACAAGGACCUCCGUGCCGGAGUUGCUCUGUGCGCGCGUGCUGCCUUUCUCGGCCACAUCGACGCUCUCCGGGAGCUGGGGCACUGCCUCCAAGACGGCUACGGCGUCCGGCAGAACAUCACGGAGGGAAGACGGUUCCUGGUCCAGGCCAACGCGCGUGAACUCGCGUUGGUUCUGGCAUCUGCUGCGGCUUCUGGAAUCCCCAUGCGGCAGUUGCUGACGUGGACGCCGCUCCCGCAUCCUCAUCCCCACCCUCAUCCUCAGUUGCGUCACCUGACCGGGUCGGGUUGCCCCCUGCUCAGCGACUUCGGGUGCAACGUGCCCGCUCCGGAGGUCCACCCGGCGAACCGGUUCUUGGGAGAUUGGUUCGCGGGCCGGGCCGACGGUCUGCCCGGACCGGGUCUGAGGCUGUGCUCUCACGUGGGGUGUGGGAGGCCCGAGACUAGGAGACACGAGUUCCGUCGGUGUUCGGUGUGCGGGGCAGUGAACUACUGCUCACGCGCCUGCCAGGCGCUUGACUGGAAACUGCGGCACAAGGCCGAGUGCGCCGCCGUGGAGAGGUGGGUGGAUGAGGACGGAGAAGGCGCGGAGGGUGAGGAAGCCGUUAACGAGGGCGAUGACGUCAUGGAAGAGAGUUAAAUUACGGUGCGGUUACGGUAACGGCUCACAAUGUGAGAGAGUUAUGAUGAGAGACCAGAAGAAAAAGGAAACGGAAACGGAAAAAGAAAAAAGAGGACAUGAAAGGAAACGAGGCCGUUUUGGUGGAAACCGAUAGGAAAAUUAAUUAUGGCCGCUGGAGAGGGGUAAGGGAGGUUUUGUUCACCCUUUUGGGGGAAGCAAUGGGCUUUUUUCUUUUUUUCUUUUCUUUCUUUCUCUUUUUUCCUUUUGUUCCUUUUUUGUACUAUAGAGCCAGUUUAGCCUUAAUUUCGGUAAAAAAAAAAAGUACUUUGGUUUAUUAAAAUUCAAAUUUUCUUUCUCUGUUCUUAAUGCCAGAAAUGUCUAUUUGGUUAUUUUGGCUUGGGAAUGUUUAAUUU